AUGAAAAACUCCUUGGUAGUACUCCAGGUACUUUUGCUUCUUGCAAAUCUAUCACAGGCAUUUACAAGAUACGAUAGUUUACAAAGCAAUUACGCCCCUUCUUACGUGUCCUGUCCUAGUGACAAAGAUGAUUAUACAAGAAAGGCGUCAAAUCUCAGCGAUUCAGAACAAAGUUGGCUCGAAAAAAGAACCGCCAAAUCCCAACCAGCUCUUUAUGAGUUCUUGAAAUACAAAACGAAUCUCAGUGAGUCUGAAUAUAAAGACUUGAUCCCAUUGAACUCGACCAAUACCAAUGAGAGUAUCAAAGUGGCAUUAAGUUUCUCUGGUGGUGGUUCUAGAGCGAUGUUGUGUGGUGCGGGGCAAAUCGCUGCCCUCGAUAAUCGUGUCACCAAUGCCACCGAACACGGUCUCGGAGGCUUGCUACAAGCUUCAACGUAUUUGGCUGGUUUAUCUGGUGGGAACUGGAUGGUUGGAACAAUGGUGUUUAACCAAUUUCAAUCGAUCCAAGAUAUUCUUAAUGGUGGGAAGAUUUGGGACUUGGAAGUCCCAUUCUACGAAUCUGGGACUAUCGCCCAUCAUCUUCGAGCAAGCUACUACGCUUGGAAAGACUGGAUUUACCAAGUUGGCACAAAACAAGAAUCGGGGUUCAGUGUGUCUAUGGUUGAUAUCUGGGCAAGAGCUUUGAGUACCAGAUUCUUUGAUAAUGACGAUGCCGCUAACAACAGCACCUUCUCCUCACUCAGAGAUAUGGAUACUUUUGCCAACGCCGAAAUGCCAUUUCCUAUUUCUGUUUCCCAAAUUAAAUAUGAUUCUAAUGAAUUGACCAUCGCUAACUCGACAAUUGUUGAAUCGAACCCAUUUGAAUUUGGCAGUUGGGAUGCCGAUGCCAAUACUUUUGUCGACAUGAAGUAUGUUGGAACCAGUCUCGUUGAUGGGAAACCAGUCGACAGUACACAAUGCGUGGAAAAAUUUGACAAUGGUGGGUUCCUCAUGGCGGUAUCAUCUAAUAUCUGGAGUAUGGGAUUGAGUUCUGUUAAAGAAGAUAUAGAGAAAAUCGGCAUUUUGUACGAUAUGUUCAAAAGAGCGUUCACAUCAAUUGAAGAAAACAUGCUUGAUGCUGGGAUUUUGCAACCUAAUCCAUUCUUUUUGACCACUUGGGCCUCAAAUUUUGCGUUCAAAAACCGUCAAACUUUGGGACUCGUUGAUGGUGGUCAAGAUUUGCAAAACCUUCCAAUGGAACCAUUGUUGGUAGAACAAAGAGGUGUCGACGUCAUCUUGGCCUACGAUAAUAGUGGCGAUACUGACGAUAACUGGCCUAACGCUACUGCUUUGACCGCCACUUAUCAUCGUCAGUUCUAUGCCAAUGGGGCCAAUGCUCCAAUGCCUCCUCUUCCUAGUGAAUCAGAAAUGGUUUCGCAAGGAUACAACAAGAAGCCUGUUUUCUUAGGUUGUGAUUCUAGCAAAUUGACCAACUUGAGUAGCGUUCCUCCUUUGAUUGUUUACAAUCCAAAUAGAGCCUAUUCAUUGAAUAGUAACUAUACUACCAUGAAGAUGGCUUACAACGAGACUUUGAAGAGACAAAUGGUACAAAAUGGGUUCGAAGUGGCAUCGAUGAGAAACCUUACUGAGGAUACCGAGUUUAGCACCUGUAUUGGGUGUGCGAUUAUCAGACGGAAACAAGAACGGUUGGGAAUUGAACAAAGUGAACAGUGUCAAAAAUGUUUUUCUCGUUAUUGCUGGGAACAGUCAUGA